AUGAGUAUUGUUGAAAAUAAUGAUAAUUUAGUAGCAGUAACUGGUGCUACAGGUUUCCUUGGUGCAUACAUCGUUAGAGACUUAUUAGAACAAAAUUACAGAGUUUUAGCAUUUGUUCGUGAUCCAUAUAAUCAAGAAAAAUUAAAAACUUUAAAAAGUUUUGAUCCAACUGGCUCAAAAUUAACCUUUACUGGUGGUGAUCUUGAAACUAUUGAUUAUGAAAAAGAAUUAAAAAAUGUUAAUUAUGUAAUUCAUACAGCAUCACCAUUUAAAUAUUCAUCCCCAGAUCCUUGGGGUGAAAUUAUUAAUCCAGCAAUUAAUGGUACACUUGGUGUAUUGAAAGCUGCUUCAAAAAUAUCAACUAUUAAGAAAGUAAUUGUAACUUCAUCAGGUUUGGCAGUGUAUGAUAUUGGAACAAAGAAACCUGAAAUUAAUGAUGAUGAUUGGAGUAAUGUGCAAGAUCCAAUUAACCAACCAUAUCCAUAUAGUAAAGUAGCUGCUGAGAAAAAAGCAUGGGAAUAUAUUAAAGAAAAUAAUGAAAAUCCAUCCACAAAUCAUUUUAAAUUGGUCGUUAUUAACCCAUCCUAUAUCUUAGGAGCGGCUUUAUCACCAUUAGUGAAUGCAAGUGUUGCUACAAUCGUCAGACAUUUAACAUUAGCUGAAAAACCAAGAAAUGUUGCGAUUGGUGUUGUUGACGUUAGAGAUGUUUCAAGAUCGCAUUUAAUCGCUUUGGAAAAUGAUGAUGCCAAUGAUCAAAGAUUAUUAGUUAGUGCUAAAGUUGUAACAUUUAAAAGUAUAUCCGAUUCAAUAGUUCAAUUAUUUCCACAAUUUAAAUUUAAUACAAAUACUUUGAAUAAUGAAGAUCCUGAACCAUUCAUUUUCAACUUGAAAUCAACUAAAUUGGAUAAAUUAAAUUUUGGACAAUUCAUACCAUUUGAUGAAACUCUUAAAACUAUGACUAAACAUUUACUAGAUUUAAAAAUAAUUAAUCCUGAAUUAAAAAAUUAA